AGGAUUCAAAAAUCAAACCUUUGCCCCCUCCCUCCCUCCCUCCCUCCCUCCCUCUCUCUAAAACUCUCUGCAACGGUAUUUCACAAACCAGAGCACCAUCCAUUUCCGUUCUCGCGAUUCCUCUCUUCCUUCCCUCAGAGUCGGUCGAGCCUAAGCCUCGGCGAAGAUGGCGAUUCACAGAGAACAAACGAGGAUUGAUGAAGACGACGAGCCCCGCAUCCCCGUGUUCACCGUCGUCAAGAACGGCGCGGUUCUCAAGAACAUCUUCGUCGUCAACAAUCCUCCCCCGUCGCCGGGCCUCGCCGGCCCAGAAUCGGCCGAGCACGACGCGGAUGCGGGGAUCGCAGGCCGAGAGGGCCGAGACGAAAUGCUGAUCGUCGGUCGACACCCGGACUGCCACAUCAUGUUGACUCACCCCAGCAUCAGCAGAUUUCACCUCCAGAUUCACUCGGAUCCGUCGCGGCGGAAGCUCUCUGUCGUGGACUUGUCUUCAGUGCAUGGGACUUGGGUUUCCGGGAAGAAGAUUGAGCCUCGAAUUGUUGUGGAGCUGAGCGAGCGCGAUACAUUGCGUGUUGGAGGGUCGAGCAGAGAGUAUAGACUGCACUGGGUACCUCUGAGCCGUGCAUAUGAUUUUGAGAACCCUUUUGUUUUGGCAUCGGAUGCAUCGGGUGCUGAUGAAGAGAAAGUAGAUGAAGAUUCAAUGAUUGACAAAGGAAAAGAAGAAGAGGGACGUGAGGAUGAUGAUUCUUUGGAGAUUGGAUGCGAAGAUGAUGACAACUUGAAAAGUUCAUUUGUCCUGGAAGAUGAGGAGCACUUAUAUCAGGACUCCUUCGAUGAUGAGAAUAAGGGGAUUUACUCACCCGAAUCAUUAUCGAAAGGCAUUGAAGCUCUAGCUCUUGAUGAUUGUGAAGAAUUGCCUGUGAUUUUUCAGAGUCCAUCGCAACUACCAAUUCCUGAGAUUGGAUGCGAAUAUGAUGACAACUUGAAAAGUUCAUUUGUCCUGGAAGAUGAGGAGCACUUAUAUCAGGAUUCCGACAAUGAUGAGAAUAAGGGGAUACACUCGGCCGAAUCAUUAUCGAAAGGCGUUGAAGCUCUAGCUCUUGAUGAUUGUGAAGAAUUGCUUGUGAAUAAUAGGAGUCCAUCACAACUACCAAUUCCUGAGAUUGGAUGCGAAGAUGAUGACAACUUGAAAAGUUCAUUCGUCCUGGAAGAUGAGGAGCACUUAUAUCAGUACUCCUUCGAUGAUGAGAAGAAGGGGAUACACUUGGCCGAAUCAUUAUCGAAAGGUGUUGAAGCUCUAGCUCUUGAUGGUUGUGAAGAAUUGCCUGUGAAUAAUCAGAGUCCGUCACAAUUACCAAUUCCUGAGAAUCGAAAUGCUUCAACUUAUGGUGAAAAAGAAACUGAUACAGGAAUAGGCUCAAAAGCGGUGGACGAUUUUUUCAUAGAUGCUGAGUUACUCCAAACUGAACCUAUGCAUACUUCUUCGCCUUUUAGAAUUUUAUUUGACGUAGACAACAAGAAGUUCAAUGAAGAAAAAUGGAGUACGGAAGUUGGCAUUGCCACUGAAUUAGUGUCAUCAGACAAAGGAAGCAUAAGAUCAGCCCACGAUGAUCUGGAGAACUGUUUAGUAGCUGAAGCUUUUGAAGAAAGCAAGUGCUCCCUAUCAAUUGACAGGGAAGUAGGAGACUGCUUAAGCCAUCCUUCUGCUCCUUAUCCCCAUUCAUCCUGUCCAGAGAUUUUUUCGGAGAUGGAAAAUCAACAGUUAGGGCAAGAGGAUCAUGCAGAGCAACCUUUUAAUACAUCGGGAUCACUUUCUGCUGAAGGAAAGACUAGACGCCUCAGGAAAGAGCGGAAACUCUCUACAACCAUGAUAGAUGAUUUACGACGUAGAAAAGGCUGCAGUUCUGCAGGUGAAAUUCCUGAAGAAAGCCAAAAGCAAAUUAUACAUAUAGAUAACCAAGAAGAUGGGGAUAUUUUGAGCCAUCACUUUGCGAAGUCUUUAGUGGAUGCAAUAACGUCAUCUGAGUUUGGAAGGGAAAUUCUAUUAAAGACCACCGAUCAGCAUCUUAAUAACGAGAACCAGAUGCCACAAUACGGAUCUGUUAGUGGGAGGCUGUCUGAAAGUAGUAAAGAAAGCAGCCCUUUAAGACAGUCUUGCACAAAAUCGAAAAGCUCGAGCAUCUGGUCAAGAAGAGGGAAGCCUAGUACUGUUCUGCAGCUUCAGACAAACAGAAGAAAAGGAAUGACCAAAAGUGCUGCUACUGCUUCUAGAAACAAGGAACACAACCAGAAUAAUCACAAAAGCCAAUUGAGUGGAGUUCCAUUUUUAGGUUUAGAUGGGGAGGAGGAAGAGAUAUUUACUCCAGACAAGGAGAACUUAACGCCAAAUACCCGGCUACUUAAAUCCUUGAAGAAGAUGAGCAAGAUGGAAGUAGCAGAGGCUAGACCCUUGGAACCAUUUAAAAGGUCGUCUUCAAAGCUUUAUUUUAUCGCCAAUAUCUGCAAUGAGGAGGAUGUUUUCUGCUCGGAUAAAGAUAAUCAGACCCCUGAGGUUCUCAGAGAGCAGAAAGUGGCUGGACGUGCCUCUGAAAGUUCUUCCAGACUAAAAAGAGAGUUGGGCUUGAAGCGGGGAGCAGAAAGGUCAGCAUUUAAAUCCUUGAAUGUCAGGCCCAGAGGUCAAUCAACAGCAUCUGGAGGUGCAACGAAAAGUGGUUAUUCUGUUGAUGGAGUUCGAGCAACGGUAAAUCAAGUCUCUGGUUUGACUGCUAAUAAAUCUUAUGGCGAGCCAAACAAGAGUUGGAUCGUGGUUGUUGAUACUACCUCUAUUCUCAACAAGGAGUCGAGGAAGUCAUUGCAGCUUCUGCAGGGUCUGAAAGGGACUCAGUUAGUCAUUCCACGAAUUGUCAUAAGAGAGCUGGACUGUCUGAAGCGACACACAAGCGUGUUCAGAAGAACGACUGAAGUCUCUUCAGCUUUAGAGUGGAUAGAAGAUACUAUGAUUAAUUUGAAAUGGUGGAUUCACGUGCAGAGGUCCAUAGAGGAAGGAAUGUCAAUUGCGCUGACGCCUCCUGCUACUCCUCAUUGUAUAUUUGGCGAUGCAAGAGAGACUUUUUCCGCUGCUACACCCGGGGGUAGUGUAAUGGGUAUCGUUUCGCCAACCACAGAAGACCACAUCCUUGAAUCUGCACUCUUCUAUAGGAAAACCAACCCCAAUGGACAGCUCGUCCUCCUUAGCAACGAUAUCUCGCUUAAAAUUAAAGCCAUGGCAGAGGGUUUACUAUGUGAGACUGCUCAAGAAUUCCGUGAGAGUUUGGUGAAUCCCUUCUCUGAUAGGUUCAUGUGGGCAGAUAGCUCUCCGAGAGGACAGACUUGGUCGUGCUUGGACGACAUUGUUCUGAGAGAGAAGUACUAUUCACGCCCGUCAAAGAAAUCCGCACGAGGAGAAGGUCUGAGUGGACUGAAGCUCAUUCUUCUGCACAAUUCUCAGUACGGGCAGCAAAUCCGCUCGGUUGGCUGAGCGCAUCACUAUUGUUUCUCGAAAUCUCAACACCUUGCUUUGCCGUGGAUGCACUGAAAGUUGAAUCUAGAUUUUCUUUUCAAAACUUUCAAGCUAAAAAAGAAUUCAUCAUGAUCUUUUUGGCGCAUUGUCAUCAUAGACCAUUUAUCUACUAUGUCUCUGAUGAUGGUGAUAUGAUGUCGGGAACUGUUAGGCACUCGUUGAUAUGAGAUGAAUACUAGUCUUAAGAUGACUUUUCUGCUGU